GACUAGAAGCAGAUUAUGUGCAGAGGUGUUGCUUCUCAGACAACCGGGCGCUAUGUGAGUCAAUAAUAGUAAUAGUAAUAGUAAUAAAACAAGUCGUCCGGUUAUGUUUUUUGUUGAUUCUAACUAAACAGGACCUCUACGGAAGAACCAACUGGCGAUUAUGAGUGAGUUGGUUUGCACUAAGUCUCAGGAGGAGUAUGAGGACGACUUUGAGAAGGAUCUGGACUGGCUGAUAAGUGAGGAAAGCCGAAGUGAGGAUCAGGGUCCUGACUAUGAGGACAUAGAGGCAGAAAUUGACAAAGAACUGGAGGAGGACGAAAAACAAAAGGGAGGGAAAAGCAAGAAAGGCUACAAGGAGGAUAAGAGAGGCAACAAAACAGAGCAACUGGAUGAAGAUGAAGAGCGAUGGCCAUCUCCUAUGGAGCCACUGGAGUAUGACGAAGAUAGAGACAGCCCGAGUAAGUCAGCAUAUAUAGUUCCUCCACCUCCGGAGGAUGACCAAACAGAAGAGGAGAAAAAGUACAUUCUAGAAAAGAUCCAGCAGGCAAACCGAGAGCUGCGGGACCAGGAAGUGCCUGACAUGACGAGACGCAGAAAGCUGCAUUUUAAAGAGAAGUUGGUGGAUUUGGUGGUGCCACCACUGCGGUUUGAGAAAGAUGGGAACAGCAGUGAGGUACAAAGAGGAACGGACACCAAGGGUAGAGGUGAGGAUGCAGAGGCAGAUGCUGAAGUGUCAGGGAAGUUGUCUGAACUAAAACUUUCUCCUCGCGAUGAAAGAGGGGGAUGUGGAGAUAACAGUGAUGGAGGGCAGGAAAUAAAGGAGGGCAGAGUCCUCGUAGAAAAGGAUGGGAAAUUUGACCUAGUUAACCUGAAAGAAGUGGAGAGUCAAGGUCUUUUACCACCGAUAGCAAACAACUUCAGUGACCAUUCACACUACUCACCACGAGCUGAGGAGCAGUUUGUGAAGCCCAGUAAUAUCCAUAGUUCCUCCUCCUCUUCUCGUCUUCGUGCUGGCUCUUCCUCCUUCCACCAGGGCAUUGAUCACUUUCAGGCACCCAGGCCUCCAGCACAGCCCAGGGCCAGGCCCAGCUCAGCCAGCCACAACCAGAGGGCCAGCCAGUGGAAAAACAGCAAGCGGCGGGUGCAGUCAGCUACUGGAACACCCUGCCAGGGCACCUAUACCCUCUCGCCCCAGCAGAAAGAGUUGCUGCAGAAGAUCCAGGAGAGGAAGGAGAAGCUGGCCAAAGAGGCAGAGCAGAGAAAACAUGAGGAAGACGAGGCGAAGAAGCAAGAGAAUGAGCUGGCCUUCAAAGCCUGGUUGAUGAAGAAGAGAGAGCAGGUUCAUGAGGAGAGAAGGAUCCACCGAGCCCAGGAGAUGGAGAGAAUGAAUUCUAAAAAAGACUUCAGUGAUCCAGAGGAAGCCUUUAAGUUGUGGCUUCAGAGGAAACAGGAGCAGCAGCAGAAAGAGAAGCAGCUUGUGGAGCUGAAGAGGCUAGAGGAGGACAGCGCUUACUUUUUGCGCAGCCGUGCAGAGUGUGAACAUGCCUUCAAACUAUGGCUCAAGAGGAAGCGGGAAGAGAAGCGAGCAGAGCAGCAGGCGGCUCGGGAGCGCUCCCGCAGGAUGGUGCUGGAGGAGCGACGAGCAAAGCGCAUGAGGGACCUGCUGUGUACUGUCAAUGAAACCAAACCAUUCAGGUUCACCGAACAGCUAGCCUACCGCUUCUGAACCAAACAAACCCAGCAUGCCCUCACACAGCAUACACAUGACCAUCAUCAAAAAAGGGGUUGAACUCCACUCUUUAACAUUAACACAAGACAUAAAACUAUCUCUUCUGCUAAUCUACUGUGUUACAGGACAUUUCUGAAAAAGUAUACCACAGCGUUCUCAGUGUAAAUAUUUCCAGGUAAAUAACUCAACAACAAUUAUAGGUGUGAGAAAAUGUAUGAUUCAUGUGCACCUUCAGUAGAUGAAAUGAACCACUUGAUUGCUUGCCUUUUAUCAGUGUUUGAUAAACUAUAUAUUCUUAAUAGGUGAACUGAUGUAAAAUUAAAGUAGCCUGUUUCCUUAUGUAAUAAGAAUUCUUACUAUGUGAUGCUUAAUUUCAUUGAUUCACAUUAAGAAAUAAAAGAAAACUACAAAAACA